CGAAGCUGAGACACGUUUCCGGUGAUGUCUCGAAUGACACGUGUAUUCAAGAUGGCGGCCGCGAUGGAAACGUGGGUAUUGUUGCUGCUCUCCGUAAUGCCUUUGGUCAAGCCUUUCUAUGUGCCUGGUGUAGCACCCAUGGAUUUCCAUCAGAAUGAUCCUGUGGAGAUCAAGGCAGUGAAGCUGACCAGUUCUAGGACCCAGCUUCCUUAUGAGUACUACUCGCUCCCUUUCUGCCAGCCGACCAACAUCGUCUACAAGGCAGAGAACCUGGGCGAGGUCCUCCGUGGUGACCGCAUCGUCAACACGCCCUACCAGGUGUGGAUGAACCAGGACAAAAAGUGCGAGUUGGUGUGCGGGAAGGUGAACGAGCCCACCAAGUUCACUAUGGCCAACAGCAAGUUGAUUGCCGAGCGCAUCCAGGAGGAGUACUAUGUUCACCUUAUUGCAGACAACCUUCCCGUGGCCACAAGGCUAGAGUAUUACCCAAACAGAGAGGCAGCCACAGACGAGGAGCAGAAGAAAGAUGCCAUGAAGGAUGUCCAGUUUGAGCAUGGCUACAGGCUAGGCUUCACUGACAGCAACAAGUACUACUUGCACAACCACCUGUCCUUCAUCCUGUACUACCACAAAGAGAAGGUGGAGGAGGAGGAAGAACACAAUUACCGCGUCGUCCGCUUUGAGGUGAUUCCACAGAGCGUCGGGCUAGAGGACCUGAAGGGCGAUGGGGCCAGCGGGUGCACUCUGCCCGAGGCCAGUGGCUCUGCCCUGCAGGAGAUUGACCCAAACAAGGAGAACAGCGUGAUCUUUACCUACUCCGUGCACUGGGAGGAGAGCCAGGUGAAGUGGGCGUCACGCUGGGACACGUACCUCACCAUGAGCGACGUGCAGAUUCACUGGUUCUCCAUAGUCAACUCUGUGGUGGUCGUCUUUUUCCUGUCAGGUAUCCUGAGCAUGAUCAUCAUCCGAACCCUAAGGAAAGACAUAGCCAACUACAACAGGGAAGAUGACAUCGAGGAUACUAUGGAGGAGUCCGGCUGGAAGAACGUUCACGGAGACGUCUUCCGCCCACCCCAGUAUCCCAUGAUCCUCAGUUCCCUGCUGGGGUCGGGGAUCCAGCUCUUUUGCAUGGUGCUCAUUGUUAUAUUUGUGGCCAUGCUGGGCAUGUUGUCUCCAUCCAGUCGGGGGGCCCUGAUGACUACUGCUUGCUUCCUCUUUAUGUUUAUGGGCGUGUUUGGAGGAUACUUUGCUGGUAGACUAUACCGCACUCUGAAAGGCCACCGAUGGAGGAAAGGGGCUUUCUGGACUGCAACUCUGUAUCCUGGUGUGGUGUUUGGCAUCUGUUUUGUGCUGAACUGCUUCAUCUGGGGGGAGCACUCCUCUGGAGCUGUGCCCUUCACCACCAUGCUGGCACUGCUAUGCAUGUGGUUCGGGAUCUCCAUGCCCCUGGUCUACCUGGGCUACUAUUUUGGCUUCCGCAAGCAGCCCUACGACAACCCGGUGCGCACCAACCAGAUUCCCCGGCAGGUGCCUGAGCAGCGCUGGUACAUGAACAAGUUCGUGGGGAUCCUGAUGGCUGGCAUCCUCCCAUUCGGUGCCAUGUUCAUCGAGCUCUUCUUCAUCUUCAGCGCCAUCUGGGAGAACCAGUUCUAUUAUCUCUUCGGCUUUCUCUUUCUGGUCUUCAUCAUCCUAGUGGUUUCCUGUUCACAGAUCAGCAUAGUCAUGGUCUAUUUCCAGCUCUGCGCAGAGGACUACCGGUGGUGGUGGAGGACUUUCCUAGUUUCAGGAGGCUCCGCCUUCUACGUGCUCGUCUAUGCCGUUUUCUACUUUGUCAAUAAGCUGGACAUCGUGGAGUUCAUUCCCUCCUUGCUGUACUUCGGCUACACGGCCCUGAUGGUCUUGUCCUUCUGGCUUCUCACGGGGACGAUCGGCUUCUACGCAGCCUACAUGUUCAUCCGCAAAAUAUACGCCGCCGUCAAAAUCGACUGAGCCGAAGGCAUCCAUUUUGCUUUUGUUAUCUUUCUUCUUUUGACUUCCUUUCUAACGUUUUACCUUCUGGUUUGCCGAGCAAGCACUGAUGUAAGGGUGUGCGUGCGUGUGUGUGUGAGACUGUACAGUGAGAAGGGUUAUGCGCAGCAGUGCCCCCUGUUGGCUGGAGGAGAAAAUGGACAGGUGGUUUGUGCACAGACUAAUCAGCCACGUCUCCUUGUUCCCCUCAUGCAGUCUCGCCUACACUGAGCCAGAUCUCAUCAUUAUGGACUCUAAACAUGAUUCAAUGUUUUUUUUUUUGUUUUUUGUUUUUUUCCUGAAUUGAAUUCUGGAGCUCUUGUUGCACAUACCACAUGGGCCAAAGCUUGUUGUGAUUUGAUUUUUUUUUUGUGGUUGGGCGGGGGUGGGUGGCUUUUUUGGAAUAAGGAUAAGAAGUGUGGCAUCAGGAGAUGGGCAGUAUGGUGAAGUAGUGUAUCAUUUUACAGAUGACAUGUAAUCUUUUAAUACUGUGUAUUUAAUUUGAACCUGUUCCCAUACCUUUGGUUCAAACCCUAAUAUUUGUUGUACAGGUGUGUGUGUGUGUGUGUGUGUGUGCGUGCGCGUGAGUGUGCGCGCACAUGUGCUUGUGUGCAUGCUUGCACGUGUGUGUGUGUGUGUGUGCGCACGCGUGCACGUGUGUGUACAGCAUGCUGGAGGAGGGGUAAUCAGUCUAUGGUUGUUACAGUAAUGAGCAGAUACUAAAAUCAUGUGUUGAUACUUGAGACAAAAAAUGGAGAUAAAAAGAAAACCACAACUUUGUUCUACUGGUGUUUUCCCUAUACAGUCAUGGAUAGUUUCCCAAACCCAGGGCACCACUGACAAUAAUCUCUUAUAAGAGCGUAAACCUGUUCUUAUUCAGCACAACAAAGUUUGGUGAAGCAUUUAACAGUGUGUCUCAGGUAAACUAAUAUCCUACGCGUUCCACUACAUGUCAAGACAGCCAUUUUGCAGUGCAUUUCGGUCUGCCUGUGGGAUACACAACAUCGCAGUGUAAGAGUCCAUACUGUCAUUUUCCUUUUCUUUUUUGUGUUUUCUGUCUCAAUUUCUAAUAUUCUUUUUCUGGGGGGUCUUUUCAAGGCUCAAGAGCUUUGAGUAGCGUCUGACGGCUUCCGUGUUCGGUGUUGCUGUCACAGCAGAGCACAACCUGAGGUGCGUAGAGCAUGGCGGUGCUGAGGAAGCCCCCUGCUCCCAACUCCAGCGUCUGCUCCAGGAGCGUUUAUAGGCAGGGCAGUAGCGGUAUUUAAAAAA